AUGUUUUUGAAGGCGGGCAGAGGGAAAAAAGUCCCCCCAGUGAGGGUCUAUGGGUCUGAUUGUGUCGUUCCGAUGGAGCCCCCUCUGAGCAAGAGGAACUCGCCAGCGCUGAGAUUAGCGGAUCUGGCGACGGCUCAGGCCAGGCCGCUUCAGAAUAUGACAGGCUUCCCGGCGCUGGCCAGCGCGCCCACCCACUCCCACGCCCGCGCCACAGCCGCGCACCUCCGCCCUCGGGACCUGGGCGCUGACCCCGGCGAGGCCAUCGCUCCGCUCGGACCCGAGCACAUGGCCCAAGCGAGCGCGCUCGGCCUCAGCCCUCCCUCCCAGGCGCUCCGGGCACAGCCCGAGGCCCGAGCGGCCGCCGCCCGCUCUGCCGCCUCGGUCGCUCACCCCGGCGCCGGCACCUACCCCGGCGGCGGGGGCAGCAGCAGCACGCCGUCCUCCGCGCCCCCGCCCCCAGCCCCUCCUCUUCCUCCCUCCCCGUCACCCCCUCCCCCUCCCCCUCCUCCUGCCCUCUCGGGCUACACCACCACCAACAGUGGUGGCGGCGGCAGCAGCGGCAAAGGCCACAGCAGGGACUUCGUCCUCCGGAGGGACCUUUCCGCCACGGCCCCCGCGGCGGCCAUGCACGGGGCCCCGCUCGGAGGGGAGCAGCGGUCCGGCAGCGGCUCCCCCGAGUACUCGGCCCCGCCUCCCCACUCGGCCGGCAUGUUCAUCUCGGCCAGCGGCACCUACGCCGGCCCGGACGGCAGCGGCGGCGGGGGCCCGGCGCUCUUUCCCGCGCUGCACGACACGCCGGGAGGGCCCGGCGGCCACCCGCACCCGCUCAACGGCCAGAUGCGCCUGGGGCUGGCGGCGGCGGCGGCGGCGGCGGCGGCUGAGCUCUACGGCCGCGCCGAGCCGCCCUUCGCGCCGCGCUCGGGGGAUGCGCACUACGGGGCGGUGGCGGUCGCCGCGGCCGCCGCCCUGCAUGGCUACGGAGCCGUGAACUUAAACCUGAACCUGGCUGCGGCCACCGCCGCCGCGGCGGCCGGACCGGGGCCCCACCUGCAGCACCACGCGCCGCCCCCGGCGCCGCCGCCGCCGGCGCCCGCGCAGCACCCGCACCAGCACCACCCCCACCUCCCAGGGGCGGCCGGGGCCUUCCUGCGCUACAUGCGGCAGCCAAUCAAGCAGGAGCUCAUCUGCAAGUGGAUCGACCCCGAGGAGCUGGCCGGGCCGCCGCCGCCGCCGCCGCCACCGCCCCCGGCCGGCGGCGCCAAGCCCUGCUCCAAAACUUUCGGCACCAUGCACGAGCUGGUGAACCACGUCACGGUGGAGCACGUGGGCGGCCCCGAGCAGAGCAGCCACGUCUGCUUCUGGGAGGACUGUCCGCGCGAGGGCAAGCCCUUCAAGGCCAAAUACAAGCUCAUCAACCACAUCCGCGUGCACACCGGCGAGAAGCCCUUCCCCUGCCCCUUCCCGGGCUGCGGCAAGGUCUUCGCGCGCUCGGAGAACCUCAAGAUCCAUAAGCGCACUCAUACAGGGGAAAAGCCUUUCAAAUGUGAAUUUGAUGGCUGUGACAGGAAGUUUGCCAACAGCAGUGAUCGAAAGAAACAUUCCCACGUCCACACCAGUGACAAGCCCUACUACUGCAAGAUCCGAGGCUGUGACAAAUCCUACACCCACCCGAGCUCUCUGAGAAAGCACAUGAAGAUUCACUGCAAGUCCCCACCCCCUUCUCCAGGAGCCCUGGGUUACUCAUCCGUGGGGACUCCAGUGGGUGCCCCCUUGUCCCCUGUGCUGGACCCAACCAGGAGUCGCUCGAGCACUCUGUCCCCUCAGGUGACCAACCUCAAUGAGUGGUACGUUUGCCAGGCCAGUGGGGCCCCCAGCCACCUCCACACCCCUUCCAGCAACGGAACCACUUCCGAGUCCGACGAUGAGGAGAUGUACGGGAACUCUGAAGUCGUGCGGACGAUACAUUAG